UUGCCGCAGCCAGUGCGGAGUGAGCUCCGAGUCCGGCCGCGCCGUGAUUGGCGCAGAGCAGCCGCUCGCUGGGCGGAGAGCGAGAAGUUCGGGUCCCCCGUCCAGCUGUGUGAGCUUGGCCGAUGGACGGACGCGACGGACAACAGUGUGGAGGAGACGGGCGUGAGAGCAGGAGCGCAACAAUGGGGGGGCGAUGCUUGUGAUGUGUAGAAGAAAAUCAGUUUCUGCACAGCGACGGGACGAGCCGCAGCAUCUCCGUGGAUCUUUGACACAGUGAUGCAGGAUACGCGCUAAAAGAACCGCCUGUGGAUGCAACAAAAAGUACGGGAUUCCCGGUUUGAAGGACGGGAACGCGUGGUUUCUCCGUUUUUCCGAGGGGUCGACCGGUUGAGGACGGAGGGGUCGUUAAGAAGUUUCUGCGCGGCGUUGAGAUUUUAAUAGGGUCCAAAGUAGAUGAAAGCUCGCUGCUGCGCUUGGGUUCAUCACCGAGGAUGGUAAUGAAGAGUUGCUGAGGCCCGCGGGGAGGCUCGCUGGACGGAACCGACGGGCGCCCGGGCGCAGCGCGUCCGUCGAGACGCACCCGCGCAGAAGCGCACCACCUGGAGACUGCGCGGACCGCCAGACGCGCCGAUUCCACGAGACCCGCUCCUCUUUUUUUUUUUUUUUUUUUUAAUUCCUCCCCCUUCUCCUUUAUCUCUCCCCUCCUCGUCUCACCAACAGGACCCGUCUCUUCAGGCUGCUGUGGACUUUAUAGCCACGACCAAAACUGAUCAUGCGAUGACUGCGCGCGCCUUGGGCACAUCUACCGAGUCCAUUGCAGGAGGCGAAUGAUGGCCGAGGGUGGGGGAAGUCUCUCCGAGGUCCCCGACCCCAGGGGCUCGGAGGGUCGCUCGUCUCUGCCGAGGACUUUCAUCCGGCUCAACGACCUGUCCGGGGCCGGAGCCGCGGCGGGGGGCGGCGAGCUGGCGGUGGAACCGGCGCCCCCCGCGCCCGACUGCAUCUCCACGGGCGGCGAGGACGCGUCCACGAGCGGCGAGGAAAACCUGCCGUACCCCACCCUGGCUCCCGUGGUCUUCUUCUACCUGAAGCAAACCACGCGGCCCCGGAGCUGGUGCCUCAAAAUGGUCUGCAACCCGUGGUUCGAGCGAGCGUCCAUGUUGGUGAUCCUGCUGAACUGUGUGACACUGGGCAUGUUUCAUCCCUGCGAAGACAUCGACUGCGACUCUGACAGGUGCAGGAUCCUGCAGGACUUCGAUGACUUCAUCUUUGCAUUCUUUGCCAUCGAGAUGGUAAUCAAGAUGGUGGCUCUGGGAAUAUUUGGCAAGAAGUGUUACCUCGGGGACACGUGGAACCGCUUGGACUUCUUCAUCGUGUUGGCCGGCAUGCUGGAGUACUCCCUCGACCUGCAGAACGUCAGUUUAUCCGCAGUGAGGACGGUCCGCGUGCUGAGACCUCUGAGGGCCAUCAACCGGGUGCCAAGCAUGCGGAUCCUGGUGACUCUGCUGCUGGACACCCUGCCCAUGCUGGGCAACGUGCUGCUGCUCUGCUUCUUCGUCUUCUUCAUAUUUGGUAUUGUGGGCGUCCAGCUGUGGGCCGGCCUGCUCCGAAACCGCUGCUUCGUGGAAGACAACUUCUCUUUCCCCCUCUCUGUGAAGCUGCAGAAGUACUACCGCACGGAGAACGACGACGAGAACCCCUUCAUCUGCUCGCAGCCCCGGGAGAACGGCAUGCGGGACUGCGGCACCGUGCCCAAGCUGUACGAGGAGGGCGGCCUGCAGUGCACGCUGGACAUACACUCCUACAACAGCACCGACAACACCACGUGCGUCAACUGGUACCAGUACUACACCAACUGCUCCGCGGGCCCGGUCAACCCCUUCAAGGGGGCCAUCAACUUCGACAACAUCUGCUACGCCUGGAUUGCCAUCUUCCAGGUGAUUACUCUGGAAGGCUGGGUGGACAUCAUGUACUUUGUGAUGGAUGCUCAUUCCUUCUACAACUUCAUCUACUUCAUCCUGCUCAUCAUUAUUGGCUCAUUCUUCAUGAUCAACCUCUGCCUGGUCGUCAUCGCCACGCAGUUCUCAGAGACCAAGCAGCGGGAGAGCCAGCUGAUGAAGGAGCAGCGCGUGCGCUUCAUGUCCAACGCCAGCACCCUGGCGUCGCUCUCCGAGCCCGGCUCCUGCUACGACGAGCUCCUCAAGUACCUGGUGCACGUGAUCCGCAAGGGGGCCAAGCAGGUGGCGCACGUCUGCAGGAUCCUGGCCCGCCACGCCGGGCUCAGCGUGGCCGCCUCGCCGCCCGCCGCCGAGCCCCAGCGCAGCCAGAGUCAGAGGCGGAGGAGGAAGUCCAGGCAGGGGUCGGUGUCGGUCCAUCACAUGCCGCACCACCACCACCACCACCACUACCACCUGGGCAACGGCAGCGUGAGGGGAGGGAGCUUCAGGUGUCUAGAGGGGAGGGACGUGGAGGCUGGCGUUCGCCCCAACGGGGGCCAGCUGGCGUUGGCGCCGCCCUGCGUGACGGCGGCUGUCUCCGACACCAACCUGGCAACCCUGUCCAACCGCACCGCCUCCUCCUCAGUCCACAGCCUUUUCAUCCCAGACUCCCACCGCCGCAGCCCGUCGCCUGCCGGCGGGGGGCCGGCUUCGGCCUUGGCUCCCGCCGCUUCGUCCCGGCCCCUGAAGAGGAACUCGGUGCCUUUCGCCGCCCCCGCUCCCAAGAACUACCCCACGCUGCAGGCCAGAGCCUUGGCGGAGUCCAGACGGGGAAGCUUCGCCGGCAGCACGCUGACCAACAUCAACUUCAACCUCAAUAUCCCACACGCGUCCGUUGAGAGGCGACCGUCGAGCGUGGCGGACGCGCUCGGUCCCACAGCCCAGCUCUCCUGCCAGCUGUCGGCCCGUGACCUCAGCACCACCAGCAGCGCCAUGGACACGGCCGCGCUCACGCUGGACCCCGAGAGCUGCCCCUUCUGCGCCAAAGCCCUGAGCGGCGAGGCGGAGGGCGGCGCCGAGGGCAACGAGGCCCCCGGCGACUCGGACAGCGACGGCGUGUACGAGUUCACGCAGGACCUCCACCACAGGGACCGGCGGGACAGCAGGCAGCCCCGGAGGAAGCGCCGCAGCCUGGGCAAGACGGCGGCGAGGGUCGUGCGCUUCUGGAGGCUGGUGUGCGACACGUUCAGGAAGAUCGUGGACAGCAAGUACUUCGGACGGGGGAUUAUGAUCGCCAUUCUGAUCAACACUCUGAGCAUGGGCAUCGAAUACCACGAGCAGCCUGACGAAUUAACCAACGCGUUGGAGAUCAGUAACAUCGUGUUCACCAGCCUCUUCUCCCUCGAGAUGCUCUUGAAGAUUUUGGUGUACGGGCCUUUCGGGUACAUCAAGAACCCGUACAACAUCUUCGACGGCAUCAUCGUGGUCAUUAGCGUGUGGGAGAUCGUGGGCCAGCAGGGCGGUGGUCUGUCGGUGCUGAGGACCUUCCGGCUGAUGCGGGUACUGAAGCUGGUCCGUUUCAUGCCCGCCCUGCAGAGGCAGCUCGUGGUGCUGAUGAAGACCAUGGACAAUGUGGCCACUUUCUGCAUGCUGCUCAUGCUGUUUAUAUUUAUCUUCAGUAUUCUGGGGAUGCAUCUGUUUGGUUGCAAGUUUGGAUCCGAAAGGGACGGAGACACUCUGCCAGACAGGAAGAACUUUGACUCUCUUCUCUGGGCCAUAGUGACUGUCUUCCAGAUUUUAACCCAGGAGGACUGGAACAAGGUCUUGUAUAACGGCAUGGCGUCCACUUCCCCGGUAGCCGCCCUCUACUUCAUCGCUCUCAUGACCUUUGGCAACUACGUGCUCUUCAACUUGCUGGUGGCUAUCUUGGUGGAGGGCUUCCAGGCGGAGGAAGUGUCCAAGCGGGAGGACUUGCAUGCCCAGCUGAGCCUAAUUCAGCUGCCUGUAGACUCAGGGGGCGACGCGUCCAAAGCCGGCUCGGAGAUCGAUUCCUUCGCGCGGAGCAUGGAGGACGUCAACGGCAGCAAGAAGGACCUAGCAGCCUCUGCAGUGGUGCCCGUGAACGGCCACGUGGACCUGAAGGCCAACCUGACUCCGCCGCUCAUCACCCACACGGCCGCCACGCCCAUGCCCGUGCCCAAGCUGCCCGCUGCGGGCGACGCCGUCCUGGGCUACGAGCCCCGUCCAGUCAGCAGCGUCGCCGCAGACCCGGCCUGCUACGACAAAUCCCCGACCAGUGCACGGAGCGCGUCCCCCUACGCCCCGUGGAACCCUGGGAGCGGCUGGACCAGCCGACGCUCCAGCUGGAACAGCCUGGGCCGCGCCCCCUCGCUCAAGCGGCAGAAGCGCCAGUCCGGGGAGCGGCGCUCGCUCCUCUCCGGUGACGGCGGCUCCAGCUCGGAGGAGGGCGAGGGAGGCGGCGGGUUGAUGGAGGAAGACGACGCCUCCAUAGCGCGGACCGACUCCAUGUCCCGGUCACAGAGGGGGCCCAGGCAUCGGAGGAUGGAGUCGGUGGAGACGCGGAGCUCCGUGGAUUUGCCACCGGACGCUCUGCUGCAGGUGCCCUACCUGUAUCGCUCAGCCAGCAUGCACAGCUCCAGACCCCCCUCCCUGGGCCACCUGCGACCCCCAGAACACAGUGACUGCAACGGAAAGGGCUCCCCGUCAGCCCUGGGCCCCACGCAUGUCUCCCUUGAAGACAACACUGAGGAUGAAAAUGCUGAUGAGGAGGCCAACCUGGGUCGCGUCGCCAGGCUGUUCCACUGGCUGGAGAAGAAGCAGCCAGAGUGGUGUCGCCAGAGAGGCACCUGGUCUCUCUACCUCUUCCCCCCCGAGUCCAGGUUUCGGAUCCUGUGCAAUAAGAUCAUCACCCACAAGAUGUUUGACCACGUUGUGCUGGUCAUCAUCUUCCUCAACUGCAUCACCAUCGCCAUGGAGCGGCCCCGCAUCGACCCCACCAGCGCUGAGCGGAUCUUCCUCACGGUGUCCAACUACAUCUUCACGGCGAUCUUCGUGGCCGAAAUGACUGUGAAGAUCGUGGCCUUGGGCUGGUGCUUCGGGGACAAGGCGUACCUGAGGAGCAGCUGGAACAUUCUGGAUGGGAUGCUGGUGAUGAUUUCCGUCAUCGACAUUCUCGUGUCGCUCAUCUCCAACUCGGGGACCAAGAUCCUGGGAAUGCUGAGGGUGCUGAGGCUCCUGAGGACCCUGAGGCCGCUACGUGUGAUCAGCCGGGCCCCAGGGCUGAAGCUGGUGGUGGAGACUUUAAUGUCGUCACUGAAGCCCAUUGGCAACAUCGUGGUCAUCUGCUGUGCCUUCUUCAUUAUCUUUGGAAUCCUGGGGGUCCAGCUCUUCAAGGGGAAGUUCUUUGUUUGUCAAGGAGAAGACGUAAGGAACAUCACCAACAAGUCAGACUGUCUACAGGCCAACUACAAAUGGCACAGACACAAGUACAACUUUGACAACCUGGGCCAGGCGCUGAUGUCCCUGUUUGUUCUGGCGUCUAAAGAUGGUUGGGUUGAUAUAAUGUACGAUGGACUAGAUGCUGUAGGAGUUGAUCAACAACCCGUGAUGAACCACAACCCGUGGAUGCUGCUGUACUUCAUCUCCUUCCUGCUGAUCGUGGCCUUCUUCGUGCUCAACAUGUUCGUGGGCGUCGUGGUGGAGAACUUCCACAAGUGCCGGCGCCACCAGGAGGCCGAGGAGGCCAAGCGCAGGGAGGAGAAGAGACUGAAACGCAUGGAGAAAAAGAGACGGAAUUUAUUGGUUCCGGGGGUGAGUUGGGCCCUUUCUGAAGGCACAUUGAAAGAAGCUCAGAGUAAGCCUUACUACUCUGAUUACUCCCCAACUCGGCUGCUCAUCCACAAGAUGUGCACCAGCCACUACCUGGACCUCUUCAUUACCAUCGUCAUCGGGCUCAACGUCAUCACCAUGUCCAUGGAGCACUACCAGCAGCCCAAGGAGUUGGACGAAGCCCUGAAGAUCUGCAACUACAUCUUCACCCUCAUCUUUGUUCUGGAGUCUGUCUUCAAGUUGGUGGCCUUCGGUUUUCGACGUUUCUUCAAGGACAAGUGGAACCAGCUGGAUCUGGCUAUCGUGCUGCUUUCCAUCAUGGGCAUCACUCUGGAGGAGAUCGAGGUCAACGCUUCACUGCCCAUAAACCCCACUAUCAUCCGCAUCAUGAGAGUGCUGAGGAUUGCACGAGUGUUGAAGUUGCUGAAGAUGGCGGUGGGCAUGAGAGCCUUGCUGGACACCGUUAUGCAAGCCCUGCCUCAGGUGGGGAAUCUGGGUCUUCUCUUCAUGCUUCUCUUCUUCAUAUUCGCCGCCCUGGGAGUGGAGCUGUUCGGUGAUUUAAUCUGUGAUGAGCUCCACCCAUGUGAGGGCCUGGGGCGAUAUGCUACGUUCAAAAACUUUGGGAUGGCGUUUCUUCUGCUAUUCAGAGUGUCUACUGGAGACAACUGGAACGGUAUAAUGAAGGACACAUUAAGAGACUGCGGCCAAGACAACAGCACCUGCUACAACACGGUGGUCUCUCCCAUCUACUUCGUCUCCUUCGUGCUGACCGCCCAGUUUGUCCUGGUCAACGUGGUGAUCGCCGUCCUGAUGAAGCACCUGGAGGAGAGCAACAAGGAGGCCCGCGACGAGGCGGAGCUGGAGGCGGAGCUGGAGCUGAAGCUGCAGGCGGACGCGGCGGACGCCGUGGCGCGCUCGCUGCAGCUCAACCCGCUGUCGCUGAGCGUGGAGCGCUCCAGCUCCGGGGGCUCCCCCUGGAGGUCCGGCAGCGAGCGCGACCGGGAGCGGGACAGGGACGGCGCCAUGGACUCGCCGUCCGCCGACAUCGCCGGAGACCCCGUCAGCGUCGUGGCAGAGCCUCCUCUGUGCUUGGAAGCUCCGCCAGAGUUUGUCCAGCGGAGAGCAAUGUUUGACUCGGUCUCGCUGGUCAUCCAGGGCUCAAUGGAGGGGGAGCUGAGUUUGAUGGACAACCUAUCUGGCUCUAUCUGCCACUACUAUGCGCUGCCCCCCAAGCCCAGCAAGCACAGCAGCGACAAGAAGAUCCCUCUAGCGGAGAUGGAAGCUCUGUCUCUGGCCUCUGAGAAAUCCUGGUCCCUAGCUCUGACCGACGACACGGCCCCCGGCGAUUUUAACCCCCUCUUUCUAACCAGUCUGGAAUGCAAUCCAGAGAAGCCAUUUGAGGACCACCUUCUGAGCGUCAGGAAGCCCACAGUGGGACGCACCCACUCCCUGCCCAACGACAGCUACAUGUUCCACCCCCUCCAGCCCUUUGGCCCCGCGGGCCUGGCUCCGGCACAGCUUCUAGCACAGACACGGAGGCACCAGCACAUUCUGGGCUCCCAUAAAGCCCAGUCAGGGUCCAGCGGCUCGGUGCGUUCCCAGCCGGACGACGCCUCCCAGACGCUGGCCGUUCCCACGGGCCUCUUCAGACCCAUCAGCCCCCACAGCCACUCGGACUCGGAGAGCAUACCGCGGCUGCCUCCUCCCAGGCGCACACACGCACUCAGCCGCACACUGCGCAGACAGGUUGCGGUGUCUACUGAUUCUCAGGAGGCUUUGUGUUCCGAUGGCGGGGGGAGCAAUGAUGGACUUGUAAAUAUGGCCUCUCUGGGCCUCCCUCCAUCCCCCUCCUCGUCCUCCUCCCCCAUCUCACCACCCCCCUGUUCCCAGCACCAUCAGCAGCCCGCUCUCUGCCUGGUGCCCGCCACGCCGGGCGCGUCUCCCACGCCGUCACGUCCCAGCAGCGUGCACACCCAGCACCACCAACAGCACUGCCUCGCCUCCGCCUCCGCCCCGCCGCCCCUGCUCCCACCGGCCCCACCCCAUCAGCAGGAGGAGGAUCAGGAGGUGUCCCUCAUCACCCGCGCGGGCUUGACGGGCAGCGACGAGAUCCCGGCGGAGGAGGACGCCAGCGAUUGUACCGAGGGUUACUGCAGCUACGCGGCCGAGAGGCGCAGUUCGUGUUUGAGGCAGCUAAAGAGGUUCCACAGCGCUGACACGCAGAGCCGCAGCGCCCUCCUCCCCCGCCCGCGCCCUUACUCCUGGUUGGACGACCUGCGCCGCCACUCGGUGGAGGUGUGCUCCUCCGUGGAGUCCAGCCCCCAGCGCAGCACCACCUCCACCUCCUCCGGCUUCGUGUCGCAGGCCGACAGCCUGCAGAUCCACAGUCAGACGCCCACACAGACGUCGCUGCCCUCACCUCGCCGCAAGAAGAAGAUGAGCCCGCCCUGCAUCUCCGUAGACCCCCCUGACGGACUGGAGCCUCAGUCUGGUCUCUACCCAGACCUAGAUGCGCUUGGGGGCAUGGGGCUGGGGGGGUUGGGGAUGCACCCUGCUCUGCCCAGCCGGGACACCUGCCUGAGGAGGAGAGCGCCCUCCAGUGACUCCAAGGACUCUUUUGACCUGGCAGCUGGGGAGGGUCCGGGUCAGGAUGGAGGCUCGCCCAACCCCAGCAGCAACCCCAAGCUAUUGACUCUUCCCAGUUUCUCCUUUGACAAGACAAGCUCUGAGCACUGAACACUGACACUCCAACAUAAAGAUCAGACCAACCGUCCACACACACACACACACACACACACACACACACACACACACACACACACACACACACACACACACACGAUGCACUUUGUGUAUCUGUGAUGGUGAUAGUCCUAGUAAUAAUGCAGUAGAACGUAAUCAUGGUAAAACUACAACAAACAGUGAAAACAUCCUUGCUUUAAAAGGAGUGCAGUACUGUAGUAGUGUGACCAUCCCUUGUCUCGUCUUGUUACUGCCAAAUCGACCAGAGAGGAAGAGUAGACACACACAAGCGACGCUGACUGUGUCUCUUCUGCCACGCCUGCGCGCCACUGGCAGCAGCGAGAACCCAGCACCGAGGACCGGACCUGCCUGGUGUUUGCACAGGGUGGAGUUUUCCCAGUCAGUGGAGAUACAAAGCAAUAUGAACGUUUUAGAGACACUAUUUUCUUAAAUUAUUGGGCCAUAGUGUUUGUACAGGAUGUUGUUUUUAAUUUCCUUUUAUUGUUAUUUUAUGUCUUCUACCGUCAAAAAAUGGUUUGUCUUUUUUUUCACUGUAGGAUCUCUAGCUUUCUUGGUUUACUGAGGAAAGUGGACGUUUUUCAAAGUGCUGAUAUAUAAUAUGUAUAAAAGAAAAACAAGUCAUUAAACUGAGAUUUGAUUUUUAAGCAA